CCUUGGCCCGGUUUGGUGAAGUUCAUAUUCUGCUGCUUGCCCGUUUGAACCCCGAACGGCCCCGCCAGAUUGAUUGAGAUUGCCCUUUCUGAAUCUGUGCGGCCUGUGCGAAGUGUGUGUGUGCGCGGCAUGAGCGACGCCGUAGGCGAUGCUCAGACUCCCUCCGUAGGCCAGGGUAAUUCGUAGGCACGUGGCACUUGUCUGCCUCCCUGUUUGCAAUCGUGUUGAUCGGUGGAUCUGGUCGAUAACCCGACCCGAUGCGUCACUUCUCUCUCGUGGGUCUCGGUCCCAGUGUGAGUGUGUCUCAAGGCGGGGGGAUGAGUUUUUUUUUUUUUUUUUUUUUGGCAAGAGUGGGUGUUGAGCCCGCCUGCGUAGAGCCUUUUUCACUGACCGAUGUUGUGCCUGGAGUCGAGGGGUAUAUAUUUACAUUGCCAGCAAGUCGAGGGGUAUAUAUUUACAUUGCCAGCAAGUGUGUGUUGAACCCGGCAAAAAGUAGAUAGCGAGUAGUUUUCAUACCCGUUCUUCAGAUUCGGGGGGGGAGGAUACCGUCUCCGCACACCGCUCUGCCAUGUCCUCCUACUCCUUUUCCUUCCCCUGUCCUUCUUUCCCGUCUACGUUCAGAAGUGAGCAGUGCUGCCCAUUCGUCCCUUCUUGUCCGUAUGUGGGCUGAUUGAUUGGUCGACUGAUUGAUUGAUUGAUUGAUUGAUUGAUUUGAUUAGAUUAGAUUGGGGAGGUGGUUUGUAGGGUGGCAGCCAUGGCGGCGGCUUUGUCCUGCAGAAAUAUAGUAUCUUCAUGCUUCGCGAGCACGGCUGCUGUUGCAGGCAGCGACGGCAUGGAGCUCUCCUGCAUUGAGGCGAGUUUUCCAAAGGGGGUCUCGUUCUCCUCCUCCUCUGUCAAGAGCUGCUUUUGGGGUGAUAAGCAGCGAUUAAGUCCCCAUCGCAGAACAUCAAGAAUCUGCCCCGCGUCGAAGUUGCGCUCACCUCCCCGCGCGCGCACGGUGGGGGCGCGAGCCGCUAUGUUGCAAGCGGCACCUCUUCCAAUGCGCAGCCGAGAAUUGAAGAACAGUACCCCUGUGGAGGAGAUACAGAAGCUGCGGCUGAUCACCGCACUGAAAACUCCUUACUUGCCGGACGGUCGGUGCGAUCUGGAAGCGUUCGAUAACCUCGUGCACAUGCAGAUUGAAAAUGGUGCGGAGGGAUUGAUUGUCGGGGGCACUACAGGAGAAGGUCAGCUCAUGACAUGGGAUGAGCAUGUGAUGCUCAUCGCGCACACUGUGAACUGUUUCGGGGACCGGAUAAAAGUCGUUGGAAAUACGGGUAGCAACUGCACGAGCGAGGCGCUGCGGGCGACGGAGCAAGGGUUCGCAGUGGGGAUGCAUGCCUCUCUCCAGAUCAAUCCAUAUUAUGGGAAGACGUCUCUCGAUGGCUUGAGGAUGCAUUUUAAGAGCAUCAUUCCCAUGGGCCCGACUAUCAUCUACAACGUGCCCGGAAGGACAUCGCAGGACGUCCCUCCAGUGGUCAUCGAAGAACUUGCGCUUCUGCCGAACUUCGCCGGAGUGAAGGAGUGCACAGGUAAUGCGCGGAUUAAGCAUUAUACUGACAAGGGAUUGACGAUAUGGAGUGGGAACGACGACGAGGCGCAUGACGCUCGAUGGGAGCAUGGUGCUCGCGGCGUCAUCAGCGUCUUGAGCAAUCUUGUCCCUGGACUCGUCCGGUCGAUGCUUUACGAUGGACCGAACAGUGAACUUGCAGCUAAGCUCCUGCCGCUCGCGAAGUGGUUGUUUGUUGAACCGAAUCCGAUUGGCAUCAACACUGCCCUUGCAAUGCUUGGGCUUAUUCGCCCGGUUUUCAGGUUGCCGUACACGCCACUCGGUCUUGAAAAGCGCGAAGAGUUUAUGCGGAUCGUCGAAGCCAUCGGGAUCGAACAUUUCGUUGGCGUUAAGGAUGUCCGCCUGUUGCAGGACGACGACUUCCUGGUUGUUGCACGCUACUGAUCGCUGCGCUUGGAGGCAGCUUCCGCGUUGGUUGCUACUUGAGAGUGCAGUACGAGCUCAUCCAGGCCUGCAGUCACUGAGACCUGUCUUCAUCCUCCCUCCGUUUCCUUCGAGUUGGCAGGCAUCAGCUCCUUGUGUGGAGUGCCUGCUCAAUUUUGCAGACAGGAAGAAGAGACAUGUGUCUGCAUGCCCUCCAGGUUCUGCCUGUUCGACGCUGCAUUGCGUUGCGGUUAUUUUUCGCAAAAAUACCCAGUCCCAGAGUCUCCCUUGUAUGAAAUUCCCCCAUUUUUAGUUUUGUGCUAUGCAGUUGCAAUGCACAUAGCACCAUAUCUGGUCUUAAUGCAAGAGAUGUGAGGAUGCAGGCAUGACUGCUCCCAAAGUUUUGAUUAUGUUCUGCUACUUGCCGCACACACCAUUUUUGGGAAGGUGGUUAAUUGGAGAGAGCUGGAAAGCAGGUGCUGCGAGAAUGCACCAGCUCUUGGUUGCUCCUUUCUUCCAGUGAAAGUUGAAGGUUAACCUUUGUGUUAGGCUGUUUCUUCUUUCUGGCUGCUUACAGCCAAUGCAAAC